GGAGUCCCUUGCUGAGCGUAGAACGAAUGGACAGACAAAUAUAAUCUCGGAGAAAAUUCAUUCAGAAGAUGUUCCUUUUCGGUUCUUCGUUGGAGAAGCUUAACAGAUCUUCAACACUCAUGGCAUUGUUAAGCAGCACUGAAUGGAUCUGGAAUGACUCAGACCAUUCUUUCACCCCUGGGGGAAACUCCAGUCUGGCACAAGGCUUAGAAGAAGGGAAGAGGAAUUACUACGCCAUGCUGUAUUCCCUACUUAUUCUGGCUAUUGUCUUUGGGAACGUUCUAGUGUGCAUAGCUGUGCUUCGAGAGAGGGCUCUCCAGACCACCACCAACUACUUGGUGGUCAGCCUGGCUGUAGCUGAUCUCUUGGUUGCCUCCCUGGUCAUGCCCUGGGCGGUCUAUUUAGAAGUAGUUGGUGGAGCUUGGCUCUUCAGUCGCUUGUACUGCAAUAUGUUUGUGACCCUGGAUGUGAUGAUGUGCACCGCAAGCAUACUUAACCUGUGUGCCAUCAGCAUUGACAGGUACACAGCUGUGGUGAUGCCAGUACUAUACAACACCACACACAGUUCCCGCAAAAGAGUUUCUUUAAUGAUUGCUACAGUGUGGGUCCUCGCCUUCGCAGUCUCCUGCCCCCUUCUCUUUGGAUUCAAUACUACAGAUGACCCUGCGGUGUGUUCGAUUUCAAAUCCCGAUUUUGUCAUCUACUCCUCCGUGGUGUCGUUUUACUUGCCUUUCGUGGUGACCCUUUUAGUCUACAUACGCAUCUACAUCUUCCUUAGAAGGCGAAGAAAGAGAAUUGCAUUCCGUCAAGGCAGUGGCAAAGUUCAACCAGCAUCUGCACCACCAUCAGUGGAAACGUAUUUACAAGACGGCACUCACAAAGACAAACAAGACCUCUCCCCCAUUAGGAUCAACGUGAUAAAUGAAACCACAGAGCAGGUGAUCCGUCCCCGGCUCCUUGGCAGCUGCCUGUGGCAUAAACGGGCUCAAACCGUGCCUGCCGAGAACUCAGUGCUGCCUCCUGUGGUCACAUUAAACUACUGCACUAUUAGCCAAGCAUCCUUUGCUCGCACUGAGCAUGAGUCAAACCGUGAGGAAGAAGAAGCUGGUGAAGAGGACCAGGUGACGAUUAGGAGCUGUGAGGUGAAGAAGUUGUCAAACGGGAAUACACACACCACCCUGCACCCACCACGGCCUGCUCAUCUCGUGGUGUGCCCCAGUCAGGUUCGCUGUAGGAGUAUGCACUCCAAGGAGAAGAAAGCCACACAGAUGUUGGCCAUCGUUCUGGGGGUCUUUCUAAUUUGCUGGCUGCCAUUUUUUGUCACUCAUAUCCUAAAUACUCACUGCAGGACAUGCCACAUUCCACCUGAGCUCUAUAGCGCCUUCACCUGGCUUGGCUACGUCAACAGCGCUCUCAAUCCAGUCAUCUACACCACUUUCAACAUUGAGUUCCGCCGGGCCUUUAUUAAAAUCCUGAGCUGCUAAACCAUUGGCCAUACUCGCAUACAUUUCCAGGGGACUGGAUAGCAACCAUACUAUUUGGGAAUUCAUUUUGGGAUGCAAUGUGCCAUAAACACAGAGGACAUUAAAUAAUUUUAACAGUCAGAAUGUGUUCAAGGUGACCACAAAAUCACUACAAAGUGCAUGACACUUGAAACUAGCAAUUGGUUGGGUUUUUCGCCAUUUAAUUGCACAGUCAACUACACAGGGCAGUAGAGUUCAUUCAAAUCAUCAUCAGAGUCUGCGGUUCAGUUUGAAAACAUAAACCAAUGUGGAUUCCAACCAGUGUUUAGAUCAAAAGUUAAGCCACAUUGAGCUCCGGGAUCCAGUCAGUACUUCACAUUCUUCAACACAGCCUAAAAUGUCACAGCAGCUUGUCGCAUGCAGGUGAAUUUUGAUGUCAUCAUGUGUCAGCAUGUGUCUCACCAUCAAAUGGAUCUGAAUUGAGAUUUAUCGGAAGCUCCAACUGUAAAACCACAAGAAAAACUAUUUAUGUAACUAUAAAGACUAGUCAUUUGUCAAAGGGACCAUAAAGCAGGUUGACCAAACAAGCAUUAAGCAAGAAAAACAUCCAAGUGUUGUGCCUUUAAUGGCUUUUCUCCCUAAAGGCCUGGGUUUUCGUGAUCUGACUGUAUAAUGGGAGAAAACAAGAGGCGGGCAGGAUUGUUAUGAAUGAAACAUGUCUUCUGUUGUAAAUUAAAGCUGAGUUGACUCACCAUGAGCUCAGCUCUCAUUUAAAACAUAUAUAUCUACAAAUGCAGAGUUGGAAAGGAAAUAAAAUAAAAGAGGAAGUUGAAGAAGAAAAACAAAAC